AUGAUAUCACUAAUAUCAUCAUUGUUAUCUGUUACAAAAAGGCCAGUGUUAUCAAUAUUUUGUCGAUUUAUCCGAGCAAGAUGGGAAAGGCCAUAUUUAAAAGAUUUAUAUCAUCGACGAAUGUUAGCUGGAGCUGAACCUUUAUUAAGUCGAUCUGCAUAUCCUAAUUGGAAUUACGAUUCUGAAAUUUAUGCAUUUGGCCAUCGAAUUGAUGCUCCAGAAACGGAUAAGGAUGUGCUAAUACGAGCACUAACCGAUAGUUCCUUCUACCAACGAGCUGAUAUAGCGGAGGAAUCAUCGAAUGCUCAGCCGAGCAAACAAGAAAGUUAUGAAAUAAAGGAGCAUAACAAACAACUUAUUCAACUUGGGAAUGAACUUUUAUGGAAGAGUACCUGUGCAUACUUGCGAUACGGCCUGCUUAAUGCUCCAGAGGAACUCAUCAUUAGUUUAGCUUUGAAACUAACUGCUGAUGAACAGAUCGCUAAUUUGGCUACUUAUUUGGGUAUCAAUAAUUUGAUCCGUACUGCCGAAUUCCCACCGUCGAACGUUUCUUUAUGUAAUGCUUUUAAAGCUCUUAUCGCAGCAUUACCAUAUGAAAGAGCCAUUGCUUUAAUCCGAAAUGUAGUUAUGGCACAACUGGUUGAUUUGGAUAUCGAGGAGGUGUUCCCAUUAGCGGAACCACUUGCAGUACUUCGGUGUUUUAUGUCUUCCAGAAGUGGUAUGGAAAUAGAACCCCGUUUGUUGCGUUCUGCCGGUGAAAUUAGUGCUGAACCAGUAUUUAUUGCUGGAAUCUAUGCUAAUAAAAAACUUAUUGGACAAGGUCCUGGUGAAACGAUAUCUAUAGCAGUCGAUAUGGCCGCUAUGGAUGCAUUGAUGCGAUGUUGGGGAGUUACAGCAGAUAAGAAGUUUCCAUUUAAUGAGCUUGAUUCGCUCAAUAAUCUUGAUUCUUUCAAUAAAUCGCAUUAUUCUCUGCAAGAUAUUUGUGGUCCUAGCCUAAUAUUAAAAUUUGUUGAUUUGGAGAAAGAGCAAGAACCGAUCAACGUGAAAGAAGUGGCUUUGAGGUACAAGAAAGAAAUUGAAGCUGUAGUUGGUAUUCCAUUGCGACGACGAUUACGACAUAAAUUUUCGCGUGGGACGUUUGGUAAACGAAGUUUUCGUUAUAUCAACAAACCCAAAAUUUAUCAGAUAUGUUGA